GAGGGAGUAUAUAAUUUAAAAAUUAUUAGCUAAUUUUUUUGAAAAUAUCGUUAGUUUCUUACAAAAUUAUAUAUGAAUGUAUUUUCGUUAAUAGAUACUUUUAUAUGUACUAGAUAUAUCCAUUUUAAAUGAACUUUAUAAUGUCGAUACAUGAAUUAUGUGAGUCAACAUAUUAUACAUUAAUUGAUCAAGACAAUAAUAUAUGUGAUAGUUUUAUUCAAGCCGGUAUCAGAUACUAUGUGAUUGGGGAAAAUAAAAACGAUAGCACUAAUAUAUUUAAACGGCAAAAAUAAUAUUUUAGAAUAAAAAGUGAUUCCGAUAUAAAAAACAUAUAUAAAAACUGGUAUUCGAAUUUCUUUAUAUAUGCUCAUAAAAUAUAAAAUAUUGUAAAAAAAAAGAGCUAUAUUCCGUAGAAGGUGGGAGAAGAAAAAACAUUCCUUAGCAAGAAGCAAAGGGCCCAUAACAGACGAUUUUGCAAAUUGUUUGUAUGCAUAUAUUAUAUAUAUAUAUAUAUAUAUAUAGACGGCGACGUUUCGGUCAAACGUAGAAGAAAUCGUUGGAGAAAAAAUAAAAUAAAACUGUGAAUCUCUCUGAGAUUGAGAGGAAGAGGAAGAGAUCGACAAGGAGCAAUGGGAAACGGAAGCUCAAGGGAGGGGAAGGAGUCGCGAAGGUCAAGGCUAAAGCAGAAGCUACAGAGGUUUCGCACUCACCGUCUUCAUUUACGUACUCGUUUCUCCCGUAACGCUGCCGGUGUCGUGAAUCAGAGAGCUGUCACCGUCGAGGAUUUCUCCGGCAUUGCGCUUCUCACUCUCAUUGGCGCGGAUAUGAAGUUUAAGGACAAGUGGCUCACUUGUGUUUCGUUCGGGGAACAAACAUUCAGGACAGAGAUCUCAGACACUACGGAGAAGCCAAUUUGGAACUCAGAGAAGAAGCUUCUCUUGGAGAAAAAUGGACCAAGUCUCGCUAGGGUCUCUGUUUUCGAGACCAAUAGGCUUUCGAGGAACAAAAUCGUCGGUUAUUGCGAGCUUGAUAUAUUCGAUUUUGUAGUGCAGGAACCUGAGUCGGCUUGUAAGUCAUUUGACUUGUUAGAUCCUGCUUCAUCCAAUGUUGUUGGCUCCGUUUUCCUUUCCUGCGCUAUUGAGGAUCCUGUUGAAACAGAGAAGCGGUUUGCAAAGCGUAUCUUGUCUGUAGUGGACUACAAUGAAGAUGGACAACUCUCCUUCUCAGAGUUCUCUGAUCUAAUACGUGCUUUCGGAAACUUAGUGGCUGCUAACAAGAAAGAGGAACUGUUCAGAGCUGCUGACCUGAACGGUGAUGGUGUUGUGAGUAUUGAUGAGUUGGCUGCGCUUCUUGCUCUUCAACAAGAGAAGGAGCCAAUUAUAAAUAACUGUCCGGUGUGUGGUGAAGCUCUUCCACUCACUGACAAGCUCAACGCUAUGAUACAUAUGACUCUAUGUUUUGACGAAGGAACGGGUAAUCAAGUCAUGACUGGUGGGUUUUUGACUGAUAGACAAGCUUCUUAUGGAUGGAUGUUCAAACUAAGUGAAUGGACACACUUAUCUACUUAUGACGUUGGUUUGAAUACUGGUUCAAAUGCUUCUCAUAUUGUGGUGAUUGACCGUAAGACUAAGAGGCUUGUGGAAGAGUUGAUAGACUCAAAGAUUGUUCUGUCCAUGAGAGCUAUUUACCAGUCCAAAAUUGGGCUUAGACUUAUGGAUCAAGGGGCAAAGGAGAUACUGCAGAGACUUUCUGAGAAGCAAGGGAAGAAAAUGAACACAGUUGAAUCCUCUCAAAAAAUUUCUAGCUUUCUUGAGUUCUUUAAGGAUCAAAUAAACAUGUCUGAAGUCAAGUAUCCUUUACAACACUUCAAGACAUUCAAUGAAUUUUUCAUAAGGGAGUUGAAACCUGGUGCGAGACCAAUUGCUUAUAUGAAUCGUGAUGAUGUUGCUGUAUGUGCUGCUGAUUGUCGGUUAAUGGCAUUCCAGUCAGUGGAGGAUAGCACCAGAUUCUGGAUCAAGGGCCGGAAGUUUUCGAUUAGAGGCCUCCUUGGGAAGAAUGUGAAUCCAAAUGCCUUUCUUGAUGGAUCUUUGGUGAUAUUCAGACUAGCACCACAGGAUUAUCAUCGGUUUCAUGUCCCUGUCUCUGGAGUCAUUGAAAAGUUUGUUGAUGUGUCUGGGAGCUUAUAUACGGUUAAUCCGAUAGCAGUCAAUAGCAAAUACUGUAACGUAUUCACGGAGAAUAAACGGACCGUGGCAAUUAUAUCAACAUCAGAGUUUGGAAAGGUUGCUUUUGUUGCAAUCGGUGCAACAAUGGUUGGUAGCAUCAAUUUUGUCAGAAAGGAAGGGGACCAUGUUAAGAAAGGAGACGAACUUGGUUAUUUUUCGUUUGGUGGAAGCACCGUUAUAUGUGUCUUUGAAAAGAACUCGAUCCGGAUCGAUGAGGAUCUCUUAGCUAACAGUGGUAGGUCCUUAGAGACAUUAGUUAGUGUUGGUAUGCAACUAGGUGUCUCCACAAGGACAUUUGCUGGUUCUACCUGAACUGGAUCAUUUGGUUUGAUUUGAUUUUCCUUUUGUUUCAUGUAAAAGUAAUUCUGUAUAUAAAACAAACAAUAUCUCCUUGCUAUUAUUAUAGUUUUAUAAAAUGAAAGAGUUCAAUACA